CGUCUUCAACACGCACUCGUGCUUUCAUUGUACUUUCAUAUACCUACUACCCUAAAAACUGCUUAUAAAAAUGUUUCCAUCUCAGAUCAUCUUAUAUUAUUCAAUAUUUGCAUGUAAUCGUUGUACUGGUUUGAAGAAGUGCAAUGACAACCAUGAAAAAUCUACCACCCAGUGAUGGAGAUAUGAUCACCAUUCUUAGCAUUGACGGAGGAGGCGUCCGGGGAAUCAUCCCUGCAACUAUCCUUGAAUUUCUGGAGACACAGCUUGAAAAAUUGGAUGGUCUAGAUGCUAGAUUAGCUGAUUAUUUCGAUGUCAUGGCGGGGACAAGCACAGGAGGGCUUGUUACCGCAAUGUUAACAGCUCCAAGCAAGGGAAAAAAACCAUUGUAUGCGGCCAAGGACGUUACACGGUUCUAUUUGGAACAUUGCCCUUCAAUUUUCCCAUACAGAAAGGGCCCUUCAGGAUGGUUGCAAUCAAUUUACACUUUACUGAGAGGACCCAAAUACAGUGGAGAUUAUCUGCACAAUCUUGUUAAAGAAAUAUUGCGUGGCAUUCGAUUGAACGAACUACUAACUAAUGUGGUGAUCCCAACCUAUGAUACCAAUUUACAGCAGCCUAUAAUUUUCUCUACUUUUGAGACAAAAAACGAUAUCUCAAAAGAUGCAUAUUUAUCAGAUAUAUGCAUUAGUACUUCGGCUGCCCCAACAUAUCUUCCUGCCCACCAUUUUGAAACAAAAGAUAGAUCCGGCAAUCCCAGAGAAUUCAACCUCAUAGAUGGAGGAGUGGCUGCUAACAAUCCAACUUUAAUUGCUAUCAAUGAAGUGACAAAAGAAUCCAUCAAGCCCAACAAUGAUUGGGUAUCGCGAGGAAAAGCAAAGGCCAAGCAAAAAUUUUUGGUGCUAUCUCUUGGAACUGGAUACCAAACAGCAGCCUACAAAGCCACUGAUGUUGCAAAGUGGGGACUAUUGGGAUGGUUGUAUAACAGUGGGAGGGUGCCAAUAUUAGAGACUUUUAUGCAAUCAAGUUCUGAUAUGGUGGACAUUCAUGCUUCUGUGGUCUUCCAAGCCUUUGAAUCUGAACAGAACUAUCUCAGAGUUCAGGAAAGCGAAUUGACGGGAGAGGCAGCCUCUGUUGAUAUCUCUACUGAGCAAAACCUUAAGAAGCUUGAAGAUAUAGGCCUACAACUUCUGCACAAGCCUGUUUCCAGAGUUGAUUUAGAGACGGGAUUAUUUAAGCCAGUUAGUAAUGAGGGUACCAACAGCGAUGCCUUGAUCAGGUUUGCAAAGAAACUCUCAGACGAAAGAAAGUUACGAAUGGAUACAGCUCGUAAUCGUGUGGCAAAUCUCUAGUCAAAUUUCAUUUGGCAUAGGUUGUUUUUCGUUUAAAGAGUAGAUGUAGCGCAUGAAACGAGCCAAUAAUGGACUGAAGGCCUUUCGACUUGUUUUUCUUGGAAAUAUAUGUACUGAAAAAUAUCAAGAAAUUGGAAUUUCAUUCUAAGAAUGUUUUAUUUAAUUAAAAAAUAUUACUAUUUUA